AUGAUGCAUGAGCUGAAGGACAGGGAUCUGGUGCAGCGAGCUCAUGUUCCGCACGACGUCUAUGCUAUUAGUUGGCUCUCAGAUUUUGAUCCGGCGGCUAGAGUUAGCCAAAAAGCAGAGCAAACAGAAGUAGUUGAACAACUGAAUCAGGAUGACACUGAUAAUAAGUUGAAUGAUCAGAAACAUAGUGAAUUGAAUGAACUUCAAAAUGAAGACCAAAAACAAUAUGGAAAUGAUAAAGUUGAAGUCAAUAUGCCUGAAAAUAACAGUGAUGAAGAUAUAAAUCAAGAGAUCGUGUUCCCUUUAAAUGUUGAUGAUCCAGGAAAUUGGGACAAAAUGCAAAAUAUUAGGGAUUUUCUAGUUGAAAGAGGUCCUAGAAAAGAUGAUGAUAUUUUGUUUCCUCUUGAUAACACCGGCAGACACUUUAAUCCAUCACAUUAUAAGAGGCAAUUGCCAAAUGGUGAGAAAAGUGAUAGAAGAUGGCUAGUGUAUUCUAUUUCUAUGGACAAGAUCUUUUGUUUCUGUUGCAAGUUAUUCAAGACUCAAAGAACCACAAUGAAACUUGGUCAUCUAGUUGACGAAGGAUACAAAGAUUGGAAGAAUAUCAGUCGAUGUCUCAGUCUUCAUGAAACUAAUAAAGAUCAUAUUGAUUGCAUGACUAGUUGGAUUGAAUUAGAAAGAAGACUUCGAAAGAAAAAGACAAUUGAUGAAAAUAUACAAGUAGCAAUUAACAAGGAGAGAGAACAUUGGAAACAAGUAUUGAAGAGAAUAAUUGCAGUUGUGCAAAGAAUUGCGAAGAAUAACUUGCCACUUCGGGGAGAUAAUGAGAAGCUUUAUGUUGAGAAUAAUGGAAUCUUUUUACAGCUAAUUGAAAUGAUUACUGAAUUUGAUCCAAUAAUGGAGGAGCACCUUCGACGUGUUCAAGAAAGACAGAUUCAUUACACUUAUCUUGGACCCAAAAUCCAAAAUGAAUUGAUACAGAUGUUAGCGGCUGAAGUAAGAAGUUCAAUUGUUGCAAAAAUUAAACAUGCAAAGUAUUUCACUGUCAUACUUGAUUGCACUCCAGAUGCAAGUCACGAGGAGCAGAUGCCCCUUGUAAUUAGAUGUGUGGAUGAUUCAUAA